AUGUCUUCUUCCAUUCUUUUCGCAGCUGGCCUCCUAGUGGGUGCCGCCCAGGCUUACACUCAAGUCAACGCCGCUUCUCCUUUCAUGCUCAAGAACAUCGAUCCUAUCGUGUUCCCCGGCGAGCACGGCAAGUCUCACUUGCACUCUUUCUUCGGCUCCGAUGCCGUCACCGUCAACACCAAGACCAGCGCCGAGCUCCAAAAGGGUUGCACCAACGCCGAGAACCCUAACGAUUUGUCCGUCUACUGGAUUCCUACUCCUCUGUACACCGCCGAUGGAACCAACUACGAGCCUAUUCCCGUCAUGCGCUUCAGCGCUUACUACAACCUUGGCGAGACACCUGCUGAGGUCGCUAUCCCUCAGAACUUGAAGAUGGUCGCUGGUAACGCUGAGGCCAAGACCCAGGCUGAUAUGCCUCCUGAGGCCAAGGCCGAGUGGACUUGCGAGAGCCAGCCUCUUCCUAUCGGAGCCAACGGUUUCCCCACUGGUACCUGCGACACCCACCUCCAGCAACUCCUCUACUUCCCCCAGUGUGUCAACGAACAAACCCUCGAGACCGGCUACAAGUCCCGCGACCACGGCACUCCCAACUGGUGUCCCGAGGGCAUGAAGUCCAUGCCCCAGCUGCGAUUCAGCAUCCGCUACGACCUCCGCAAGGUCCUUCCCAACGGCUGGCAAGGCGAGGCACCCUUCAAGCUCGCCUGUGGAGAUGCUUGGUGCUCUCACGGUGAUUUCAUCAACGGCUGGACUGAGGAGUCUGCUCAGAACAUGAUUGCUACUACUGCUGAGAAGCAGCACUUUGCUGCUGUCACUGGUGCUCUUGGUGCCCCCGAUGCCGGUGUUCAGUGCCAGCCUCGGGAUGCUGACCCUGCCAACGGUACUAGCGACUACAACGAGAGCGUUGCUGCUAUGAGCAAGCGGGAUGUUACUGCUUGGGGAUGGAAGAGCAAGUCUCGCCUUGCCCGCUCUGCUUAA